GACACAACCCCCGGUGUGUGUCCAGAAGCUACAGUUAUCUGCUGGGAGGGGAAGACACGGCGCUACACCAUCCUGCUUUCACUUGAAAACUUUUAACAACUCAGUGAAAGGAAUAGGCACACAAACACAUGUCAGUUUUUGAGCUACCUUCCUAAGACUGUCGUGCUGAGAGGUGAUGCUUGGUGUUGCUGGGAUGACGGGCAGCAUUGCUAAUGCCCUGGCCAGUGCGGCCUGUGAGCGCUGUAAGAGCGGCUUUGCUGCCACUGAGAAGAUUGUGAAUAGUAAUGGAGAGCUGUACCACGAGCAGUGCUUUGUGUGUGCCCAGUGUUUUCAGCAGUUCCCUGAAGGACUUUUCUAUGAGUUUGAAGGAAGAAAAUAUUGUGAACAUGACUUCCAGAUGCUCUUUGCGCCUUGCUGUCACCAAUGUGGGGAGUUCAUCAUUGGUCGUGUCAUUAAGGCCAUGAACAAUAGUUGGCACCCAGACUGCUUCUGCUGUGACAUUUGCCAGGCUGUGCUUGCAGACGUGGGAUUUGUCAAAAAUGCUGGCAGGCACCUUUGUCGCCCGUGCCAUAACCGCGAGAAAGCUCGGGGCCUGGGCAAGUACAUCUGCCAGAAGUGCCACGCCAUCAUUGAAGAGCAGCCGCUGAUCUUUAAGAACGACCCUUAUCAUCCAGACCACUUCAACUGCAGCAAUUGUGGGAAGGAAUUGACAGUCGAAGCCAGGGAGCUGAAGGGAGAGCUCUACUGUUUGCCCUGCCACGACAAGAUGGGUGUCCCAAUCUGUGGUGCCUGUAGGAGACCCAUCGAGGGCCGUGUUGUCAACGCUAUGGGCAAGCAGUGGCAUGUGGAGCAUUUCGUGUGUGCCAAGUGUGAGAAGCCUUUCCUCGGUCAUCGGCAUUAUGAGAGGAAGGGGUUGGCUUACUGUGAGACUCAUUAUAACCAGCUCUUCGGCGAUGUGUGCUAUCACUGCAACCGUGUGAUUGAAGGCGAUGUGGUGUCUGCUCUCAACAAGGCCUGGUGUGUCAGCUGUUUCUCAUGCUCCACCUGCAACACAAAACUCACUCUCAAGAACAAAUUUGUUGAGUUUGACAUGAAGCCUGUGUGUAAAAAGUGUUAUGAGAAGUUUCCUCUGGAGCUGAAGAAAAGGCUGAAGAAGCUCGCCGAGUCGUUGGGACACAAGUAAUCUGCUUCGCUCAACAGCCUGCAACGCUACGACUACGCCUGAGAUGGUAGAAUAUCCAGGAGAACUGCUGCAUGACAACGCAAGGACCCGGUCUUAUAAAGGUACACCAGUAUUAAUAAUCUGGGAUCCAUUUAAAAAGGAAAUAUAUAUCACUGUGGUGUUGUUAUAAAGGUGCCUGUUAGCAAUCUUUUUUUUAACCUUUUGUUUCUUCUAUAUGCAAAUGUUUUUAUGUAACAUUCCUAAAUUGUCCAAAUUACUUUUUCUCUUCUAGAACAGACAUGUGGUGCUCUAGCUCAUUUGACUUAACCAUGAGCAUGGGUGUUUCUCAAUCGCGAGUAAAGCUGCUUCAGAGCCACUAUUUCAAGCAUACUACGUCAUCGAGUGCCGCCGAAGUACUGUUCCAAUCUCCAGUAUACUUGGAAAUCUACCGAGCCCGGCGUACUCCGUUUGGAGAAAUAUCGAGUCUGCACAUGAGUAGACUUCGCGGUCUUAAAAUCCCCACAAUGCUUUGCGCACGGACCAAUUUCCCCAAAUCUGUGGCGGAAGAUGUAAGGCGGGGCCUCUCAUAUGACGCACACCUGCACACUUGCUAGCGUGUUCCACACUUCGUUUUCCGAAUGCCAGGAAGUAUUCUUGACUCGCUUCUGAAGCAAGAUUGCCGGCAGACAUGUGCUACCAAGCAAGCGUACUCGCGAUUGAGAAACACCCCAUGAUUACCAACUGCUAUGUCUCAAAUUAUCUUGAAUUUGAAAAAAAAGUUUUGAUUGACAUUAUAAUGAUUUACACGUGUGCCUUGAAUAUAUGAACUGUGUCUUAAAAUGCGAAUUACGGUUACAUGUGAGUUACCUGCAGUUAUUGUGAUGCCUUAUUAUAUCAAUUUUAAUUAGACAACGUAUAAUUUGAAAGCUAAAUUGUACUAGCCUUUUAACCUUUGAUAUUUUUUUUACCUCAGUAUGAAUAAUUACAACACAACCACUGUAUUCAUUAGGAUGUUAUAAUGAUGUAUCCUCUUAUAAAGAUGAACAAAGUGUUUCAAGAAAGAGCCUUUCCCCGGAGCAAGGCUCAUAUACUAAACAUUAAGUGUUAAUUAAUCCACUGGAAAUAAAUAAAAUAAAUAUGAAAUGGUGAUGAA